CGCCCCGGCUCCCACGCGAGCAGGAGGCGAUGUUGGGAGUCGCCAUCCUCACCGCGCUGCUCGCCAGCAUCGCCACCGUCGCCAUCCAGCUCCUCCUGCUGCUGCGCUUCCUCUCAUCAUCAUCAUCAUCAUCCACCUCAUCAUCAUCCACCUCAUCAUCAUCAUCAUCCACCUACCCACCACGUGGUGCCGUCACCACUAGUCACCCACGAUUGCUUUCCUUACUCCGCGGCGCGAGCUCUUCCGUAUCCACCACCACCUCCACCCCUCUCUCAUCAACCUCCUCCACCACCACCACCUCAUCCUCCACUUCCACAUCAUCAUCAGCAUCAUCAUCAGCAGCAGCAUCAUCAGCACCACCCCCAUCCCCGUACGAGGCGUGCCGCUGCUUGAACGCGCUGCUGCUCAGCGUCUUCUCCGAGCUGCGCGGAUCUUCCGAUCUGCGCGCGUGGGUCACGCGCAAGAUCCACGUGGAGAUGCUCGAGCUGCUGCAGUCGCGCACCGCGGGACGCGUCGUGGAAGGACUCAGUCUCAGGGACGUCUCUCUCGGAGACGCGCUGCCCGUGUUCCACGGCGUGCGCACAGUGCUGCCCUCCUCGUCCUCCAGAGGGAACGCAGCUGGGCAGCAGGCGGGCGACGAGACCGCAGCUGAACUACCGGACGAGCUCGAACUGGAGGCGGACGUGGAGUACACGGGCGGCUGCUACGUCUGCGUCCACGCCGAACUAGUGUUCGGCAAACGCGCCGAGCUGUUCGUUCGCAUCGCGCGCGUGCGCGGACCCCUGCGGGUGCGGGUGACACGCGCGCCGCCCCUCGCCCAUUGGAGCUUCGCGUUCACGCGUGACCCGCGGGCCGAGCUCGAGGUGCGAUCCCGCUACGAGGGCCGCCCCAUGCCGCAGCUCACCACCGUCAUCGUUAACCAGAUCAAGAAGGUGCUGCGGCGCAAGCACACGCUGCCCAGCUACAAGAUCAGGUACAAGCCGUUCUUCCCAUCGCAUGUUCAGGGCGACGGCGUCGGUGCGAGUCUUCCGAUGGCCGAGCUCAAACGAGGGACUCUGAAAGUUCAGCUCGUAGGAUGCAGCAGACUCCUCCUGCCGACUGCGCCAGACAAAGAGACCGACGUUUACUGCAGCCUGGAGCUGGCGACCACCAAGUGUACAGGAGGUGUGAGGUUCCUCUUCAUUGAGAUACAAAUAUCGAAAGGGACCUCGCCGCUCAUAGGGCUCACGUUCCGCCAGAUCUCCGUGCCGGACGGAGAUCCGGACAUUGUGGUGGUCUCCACGGUGGUUCCCAACACGCCGGCGGCGAGCGCCGACGUUCGCAAGGACGAUCGCGUCGUAUCCAUCGCAGGUCACAACGUCUACUCCCUGGUGCAUGCCGGAAAGCUGCUCGCUUCGGCCGACCCUGUCCGGAUCGUGUUGCAACGGGAAGAACUGCCCACCGGCGCCGUCUACUCGAGCCACCCGCCAGCGGGAGCCACGGUAUCGGCGCCGCCGGUGGCGUCGGCAUCCGUGACAAAAAACCUCCCGGUCGACGACCCAGCCAACCCCGAUUCGGACUUCGAGGACCUCUGCUUGGCGGCGAUGAACGAAGCGCAGGCGGCAGACGAGGCUCCGCGUGUGGCUGCGGGCAGCUUCAAACAGUCGCCGGCUCCUCCGGCUCCUGCUGGUGCCGCCGCCGUUGCCGCCGCAAAGAACGCCUCCCCGGGAGGUUCUCCGUCGCAUUCUGCUAAACCGAGGGAAGGAGCGGCGGCCUACUGCUCGAAGGCCGCCAAAGCGAGCGACGGCUGCGCUGCCGAGUGCCCGAGGGUUCCCGCGGACGCAAACGCGUCCGAGUCUCAAGACGCCAGCGGCACGAGUGGCCCCGUCAAACCGCCCGUGCCGCCGAGGCCCAAGGACAAGCCGGAAUCCGCCCCCGACGCCGACGCCGGCGCCGGCGGUCCCUCGACGGCGAGGCCGGCGAAAGGCUUAGCGGAGCAGGCGGCGAAAGCGGCGGCAGCCAAGGCCGACGCCGCCAGCGCAGAGGAAGCGCAGUCGGCCAGGGCGACCGCCAGGGCGGACGAGUGGACGUCGACCAAGGCGGCUUACGGCAACAACGCCUGCGCCUGGACCGACGAAGCCGCCGACUGCGCCGAGUUGCAGGUGGAGGGCCACCACAAGUAUCUGAAUGUGCUGGUGUGGUGCCAGGAGCGCGUGGCCCCGGGGGCCCGGCCAGCCUGCGCCACCGCCACGUGCGCGGGCCACGCGAGCGUCGCCGUGGACGAGAUCGUGUCCGAGUGCCUCGACACGGGCUCACUGCAGUUCUAUCGCACCUACCUGCUGCGUCCGCCGGACCCCAAGCCGGCCGCCCUGCUCUGUCGGCCGCAGUUCAAGCAGCUGGCGUCGCACAAGGGGUUCAACGAGGAGCUGUGCUUCGGCGAGGUCACUCUGCACUUUUCGCACACCUACACCGAUGACUUCAAAGGGGCGUCGGCGGGGCCAAAGGCGGUGUCGAAGACGCACAGGACGGGAUCGCCGGACAACGACGCCUCGGAUUCGGAGAGGGACGACGGCGCCUUGCGAACGAGUGAGGCGUCGAAGCACGACUUCAAGGACGCGCUCUUUCAAAAUCCGACCAACUGCGACUACUGCAAGAACCAAAUCUGGACCAAUUCGGCAUCCAGGUGCAGCCGCUGCGCCUACGUCUGCCACAAGAAAUGCCGCGAGAAGUACCAGACGGAGAAGCCGCGGUGCUUGCGCGACGGCGCGGGCCCGAGGACCCGGCAGACGGACCGGCAGCGGCCCCAGAGCAUGCACAAGGCGGCAGCGCUCGCUCGCAACCUCAUCCCCUACGCUCGCAAACGCCUGCAGCUGCGCCCGGGAGCCAAGCGGACCGGUGAUGACGGGCCGCCCGAGACGGCUCACGGCGUCGUCUGCGAAACCGACGGCGCCGGCGGCGCGGACGAGGGUUGCGACGCGGCGGACAGGACGUGCCGGGGGUCGGCGGGCGCCAACCGCGGCGGCCUGCACGACAGCGUCUUCGUGGCGGUGAAGGAAAUCGGGCGGGCGCUCUACCGGGACCUCCCGAGCGCCGAGCGGCAGCAAAAGCUGGAGCUGAUGCUGGAGAAGCUGCAGUGCGAGAUCGAGGCCGAGCUGGAGAGGAACAGCGCGCUCAAGCAAGACCUGGCGGCGGCGGCCUCGGCCGAGCCGGCUCGCGCCACGGCUGAGCUGAUCGCCGUAGAGGUGAGGAAGUCCAACGAGCGGCUGCAGGCGCUCACCCUGCUCAUGCUGCACUACCGCGCGGGCCUCGAAGACCUGGAGCUGGCGCAGGUUGACCCCCCGGAGGCGGCGCCGGAGCUCGCGGCUCACUCGGAGGAGCGGGAAGAGCGGCGUGGGGGAAACCCGCGGCUCUCGGACGGCAAGGCGGAAGAAGGCGGCGGGCGGGAGUCGGCCCGUUGCGGUGAUCUCGGCGGCAAGGCCCGUUGCGCAGAAGCCAGCGACGCGCGUCUGCAGGGCCCGCGUGCGGACGUCGCUGCUGAGGCGACCGAGCAAGAAGGUGGUGGUGGUGGUGGUGACGACGAUCAGAUUUCGUUGGAGCGCGUUGAUGUCGAAGAACGUGCGGAUGUUGAAACAUCCGCCGCGGAUCAAAGACUUGAAGGAACGGAAGAAGAGGCAUCCGAGUUGGAGGUCGGCGAUGAUACCGACUGCGAGAAAACUUGAAAGUCAACGCGGGAGACGAAUCUAUCGUAAGCUUAUCCGGUUCACUUGUAAAACGAGGGUUUAAAUAAUUUCAGAUUCUUACUGUGUACAGGGACUCCUCUACUUAGAAACUUUCAGAGAUACGAAUAAACCAGUGGCCUGUGCGGACCGAGAACCAUAAGUUCAACCGCCGCGCAAUAGAUGGCGGUGGUGGCAUCUCCAUCUGCAGAACGUGAAGAACCAGUGGCAUCUACAAAAGAUGAUACAACUUUUAAAGCCAUUUCCCGUGUUUGUAUAGUACACGCCGUACGUGUUUGGAAUGGACAGGAGUAAAGUUGGACUUGCGAACAAAUUGACUUACGAACAGUCUUCUGGAACCUAACUCGUUUGUAAGUAGAAGAGUCGCUAUAUUUGGAAUGGAAAUAACAAGGUUUAUUGUGGUUGACUGCUUACAAAUGUAAUUGGGAAUUUUUAUUUUAAUAUCGCACAAAGUUAAAACGCUGAACGGCAGAGGUCGCAAACGGGUUUUAAUUCCUUACCUGUACCCGUACCCGGCCGCACCAGGGUCGCAAACGGGUACCCAUACCCGCCCUGGUAGGGUACGGGUACCCGUACCCGAUACCCGGCUGGGUAUGGGUAGCCGGGUAUCGGGUAGGGUACGGGUAUCGGGUACCCGAUUGCGACCUCUGGCAUGAAGCCAUGUUGCAGGCGCGGGUGGGUUGAUUCUAGGAACUUGAAUUGUGAGAAGAGACAAGACGUUGGGAAAUGAGUGACAAACGGUGACUCACCAGUGACUCACGGCCUACACGUACCCGUACCCGGCCGCACCAGGGUCGCAAACGGGUACCCGUAUCCGUACCCGGCUGGGUACGGGUAGCCGGGUAUCGGGUAGGGUACGGGUAUCGGGUACCCGGUUGCGACCUCUGCUGAACGGCGAGCAAAAGCCUUGUGGAAUUUGCAUGCUAGCUGCUUCUCAAGCCAGCGCAGAAACUUCAAGCACCAGUGCGCACUCCCAGUCUAGUACCAUACCAUAGCAUUGGCUUGCAGAUUCCAGAAGUGUUUUGUUUAAAUGUUUAUGUUUUUUGUAUAAUUAUUAUAAUAUUAGAAAGCUAUAUAUAACAUUUCCAAGCCGUAAGCGCACUACGUUCGGCGUGACUAUAAUUAACUUAGUUUUGUUGAGGAAACGGAAAAAGAGCUGUAUAGUGGUGGGUGGGCCUUACCUGGUAAAAUAAAAAUUAACCCGUAAAAACAAAGUUUUUCACUAUAAAUCUUUUAUAUGCGUGGCGGCUAGAGUCCUCUCGUCCUCUGGCUUGAGAUGGCUGCCACCUAUGGGUCAGAUGAUUGUCUGCCACCAUUAAGCAAUUGGUAAUUAAAUAUUUA